AUGCAAAACCAAGGACAACAUCCUGGAGUUUCACAGCACUGGAAUCAAGUUCCUGAAAGACCUGGCCAGGUUUCAUUUGGUGACAGAAUGAAUGUUGGAGAUAAAGAAUUAAGUGAUCUUCUAGAUUUCAGUGCGAUGUUUUCUCCACCUGCUCCGGCUGCCACAAGUGCAGUUAAAAAUGGCAUGACAGAGAGUGGCAGCUUAUUUGCCCAUGGGUAUAAAACUACAGCUGUCAGAAACAUUGAUGGGUGGGGUAUGGUAGACCCAUUGCCCCCUCUCUUAAUUGUUAUCCUGGUCAUUCCACAGUAUGAUGACCAUAAUGGACAGUACAAUGGCACUGGCGCUGAACAUAUUGAGCAUUUUCUAGGUCCUAGUGGUGCAGAAGGUAUGUGGAUGCUUCUCCUUUUUCCUUACCUGCUCCUCU